AUGGACAAUUCCCAAAGCUCUGACUUUUUAUCUGAAAGCACCGACAUAUUUUGUAAUAGCCCUGAAGAUUCUGUGAUUGUGGACACGGCAAGUUAUGAAUCUUUGGUUUUGAAAACGAAGGCAUCAUUUUCAAAUAAUAGAAUUGAAAUAAAGAAAUCAACCUUUUCUGUUUACUUUUCGAAACUUAUUGAUGACUGCGGUAUUUGUGUUUCACAGAGUUUGGACCUGAUCACACAAAUUUUAGCCAACACAAAUAUAAAACAGAACAAGUUAAAGGAGUACAUGAAUGAUGCUAUCUGCCUAUUACAACUGCUCUCAGAUCUAAUAAAGCAGGUCAUUGAGACUAUGUCCAUGUCUUGCUGUGCUAUGAAAAGUUUUCCAACUGCUACCGGUCGCAUCAUCAUGUUGGUGUUCUCUCAUUGUAAGGAUAGUGAAUCCAUCUAUGGCAGUCAAUUAAAUUGUGUAGAGAAACAACUGAAGGAUUUGUUCAGAACUUGCCAUGAACUACAACUGACAUAUUUGAUGGUCUUUGAAAAACAUUUCAUAUUUGAUUUAACUGAGAAAGAAGAAAAGGAUAUCCUUAUUGAAGCACUAGACAUCAAUUUAAAAAUAGGUGAAAUAGUAGAGAGUCUUGAUGUGAAGACUAUGGCAGAACAAUGGAAGGCAUACACAGUGAUAUGUGAUAAAUAUUCCAACUGUCUAAUGGAUAAGAAGAUCUAUAGUAACUGUAGUAAGGUUCUAACUGCCAUGGUUGCUAAUAACAUGAAAAUAGCAUUGGAGGAAAUUCAAGAAGAGAAAGUAGUGAUAAGGUCCCUGAAAGUGAGCAGUUUCGUGUUGAAGAUAUUGUUAAGAGUGUGCAAUACUUUCAGGCACGCAGUCAUGAAGGAUUAUACUCCUAUUGUUGAUCUUUUACUGUAUAUUCAUGUGAACAAUGAUGCUUAUCUGCAAACAAUGCGUGGGAAAUCUGUGCAGUUUGUAACUCUCGUCAACAAUAACGUGACUGCUCCGGCACACCUACUGCUCACUGAGUUGAUAAUGGAUGAUAAAUUAUUGCAGGCAAUCUAUAACUACAACGUCAAUGAAAUAAGAAGCGAUGAUAAGUUGCUUGGUCUGAUACUUGUAACGCUGUCAGUUAUGAAAAUAGUGGCACAAAGAAGUGGCGACCAGACUCUGCAAGUCCCUAAACAUAAACUGGUCAAUCUUGUCUACAAAUUUUUACCUUAUUGUCAUGUCUGGUUCAAUAUGGGCCUUAAGUUCAAAUGCGAGAAGGCCAGUCGUCAAUACCAAACAUACGGCUUAUAUGAGCACUUACUGGUGCAUAUGGUAGCAUUAUGUGUUACAAUGAACAAUGAAGAAAUUAAUAUAUUGGAAAAGAAAAUGCUUGAAUCUCUGCUUAGCACUGAAUGCUAUAGUGCUAUGUUUUCUGCUAAUCUAUGGGUGUUAUUAGCCAGAAUGACAAGCAGACAAUAUCUACACACACAAGUAAUAACUUUAUGCAAAAUAUAUCAAAAAUUAGAAAAUAAUCGUCAAUUCGUCGAUUCACCACAAAAAGUCCACAUAACACAUACAUUGGGUCGAUUAUUUGAAAUAAUGCACAAUGAGGAUAAAAUAAAAGUGUAUCAAAUGUUUUCUAUAAAGGAAGAAAGGAAUAUAUGUCUGUGGGCUUAUCUAAGACUGAGCAAUCUAUCUAAUGAUACGCAACUAGAUAGUGAAAUGUUCGUGAUGGAGAAUUUACAGAUGGAAAUGCAAAGACUUACUACUGAUGAAUAUUGUAUCAAUAUUUAUGAAUUGAUAAAACUGAUGCAUCUAGCAAGUACAUGUACAAUUAUAACAGAGAAACCGACAUGGAAAGUAUUUUACUACACUUAUGGGCUAAAGCAUGUCCUAAGAACAUCACAGAUAUAGUCAAACGUUUAGAAAAUGGAACAAAAUGGUACUAUAAAUACAUAGAAGCGCUGAUUGCACUCACUUAUUCUAUGGAACAUAUUUUUCAUAGCAGUAGCUACAACUUAAUAAAGGUUCUGCACAUAAUCUCUAGCAUUGUCCAAUCAGGGUGUAAAGAAUUGAAACUGCUAUUGAUUAAUAUUUUAUGCAAAUAGCGAAUUUUGAAGCAUAUGAUAUGAAUAAAAGUGUCGCAGAUUCUAUACUACACGAGCGUUAAAUGAUUUAUUGCAAGAGAAUGACGUCACUGUGAAGAAUAAAUUAUUCAAUAUGAUGAGGGUACAUAGAAGUGUAAGAUUGGAUCAAAUAGUUUCUAAGAUAGUUAAAGAAGAUAGCUCACUGAAAGAAACUUGGAGCUGCUUUAUAAGACGUGGAAGACUCAAGAAUGAAGAUGUCCAUAUAAAGGAACAUUUACUAUCAGCAAUUGAUUAUAAAUAUUCACACAAAUGCAUCGAAGAUGGCAACUUGAGGGAUCCAGGUUCCGUGACAAUGCAGAAGUCGUUAAGUAAUAAUUUCGAUCUUGUUGAUAUGGACUCGCUGUUUGACGCCGAAAGCGACACAGAGCCCGCGUGCAAAAAAGCAAAACUAAACACCAAUGAAGUGGAACAAAUUAUUUGCAGGCUGGAAACAGACGCAUCUUCACUUUGUAAGAUAAAAGAAAACAUUUUCACUAAUGAGUACUUGAAUAGAAUUAAAAAUGUAUGCAACAAGUUAAACAAUAUACUGGAGUGA